CAGAGUCGGUUAUAAAAUAUUUAAGGGCAAAAAAAGGAUCCGCAGGAGCCUGUGCGGAGAUGAGUUUAGAGUCCUUGUUUCAGCACAUCAUCUUCUCGGAGCAGCGGGCGGAGGAGAGUCGCCGCUUGAUGCGAGAAGUCAGGUCGGAAAUAAACAGAUGCCGUGAAAAACUUAAGAAAGCCACAGAGGAGCUGAAUGAAGAGAAAAUCAAGUUGGAAACUAAGGUUCAGGAGUUUUCUGAAAAAUCCUUCAUCUUACAGCUUUUGAAAACUCAUGAAAAUGCCUUAGAAAGACAGUGCAGUGAAAUUACAAACCAAAGGAAUAUGCUUCUCCAAACCUUUGAGGGUAGAAUGAAAAAAGUGACAGAGGAAGAGGAAAAAUUUAUUAAGGAAAUUUCAGACUUCAAUAAUGAGUAUGAAAUAACAAAGAAAAGAGAGCUUUUGAUGAAGAAAAAUGUUAAGAUUGAAAUAUCUGACUUAGAAAACCAAGCAAACAUUUUGAAAAUGGAAAUGAAAUCCAUGGAACAUGACAAUGGCCAGUUAAAUGAACUUCAGAAACAAAAGAGUGAAUUAAUGCAAGAAUUAUUUACUCUGCAGAGAAAAAUUAAAGUUUUAGAGGAUAAAAAGAAUGCAGCCGUUUGUACUACCAAAUACCUCGAGGCAGAAAAAAUAAAAAUCAAUGAAAAGCCUCAAAAUGAUGCUGAAUGCUUAAGACUUAAAAAAGAAUUAGAACUUUAUAAGGAGGAUGACAUGCAAAGUGUUUAUGAAGCUCUCCAAACAGAAAUAGAAUUUUUGGAGUUGACCUUGGCACAGAAAGAUCUUCAGGAAAACAAAUAACUUGUAGAGAAUUGAUCAGCUAUCUGAGAUUUGAUCAAGACAUCUUCAGAUCAGUUCUUUAUGGUAGAUACAUGAAUGAUUGAUACCCAUGACGAUAUAUUCUUGUGGAAAAUGUGAAGUCCAGAAUGUUCAAAGUUGUUGAUAUCUAGAAUUGGUUCAUUAGCACUUUAAAAAAAUAAUUUUUUGUCAUGUUACUUGCUGGAACUUGAAGAGUUCUUGUGUGGUUUGAUUUUGUUUCUAAGGGAAAGAAAAAGAGUAGAUAUUGUGUUCUCAGGCUUCUCAUAUCCCCUGGACCCUUAAGCUGAUCUGUCCUUUCUGAUGUCGUUCAUUCUUUGUUGCAGCUUACCUGGAGUCCAAUCAAACAUGUAGGAAGAAACGCUCAGAUUAUUGACCCAAUUUUGUCAGUGCCAUUUUCACCAACAAGGUUCUUACUUUCAUUUUGAUCUUUCUCUUAUUAUAAGAUGUCUGUUGAUAGAGGUCUUCUGAGGUCUU